AUGUCUGAGAUACCAACAGACCGUAGGAAGAAGGAUGGUGAUACUGAGAGUCAAGCUGCUUCAGUUCAAGGCUCACAGCAUCACUCAACUAGAAAGGCUCUGGAUAAUAUUAGCGAUAAAAAUUCGAUGGCAUAAAAGACCAAAACUUUGUCUCACAUUGACACUCAACAGCUUUCAGCUCCAAACAAAGAGUCCUUUUGCAGGCUUAGUGCCACUAACAUUAACGCUCCUGAGCUUUAAUUAUUUGAUAUCAAAAAUCAAAGAUUGUAACAUAUCUACAAUGAAGAAAAAGAGGAUCUCGAGAAAAACUUUUCCGAUGUUUAGAAAAUAUUUGAUGCCAAGACCUUCAAAUAUGAAGUAUUGAUUGCCUUUUGGCUUUGCAUUCACUUGGAAAGACUUGAAUUAGCACAUCUCAUCCAUUCAUAGGACCCUAUUUUAGAAAAAAUCUUGUAAAACCUGAGAAAGAGUGGGAGAGAACUGGUUGAAUCAGAGAAGGCUAGACCUGGUGAAAACUAUUUUAAGAAGAUGCAAAACUAGAAUCCAAACGCAAUUUAUUUCAAAAAGACUGCUGUGCAAGCCACUUCCUAGUCUAGUAUGAAUCUAGUCAAGGAGGACACGUUCACCAUUGGUGGAGGACUUAAAUCCAAGAAAAUCAGAGGCAAUUAGUCAAGCAAUUUGAUUCUAAACAAAGGCAAGCGCGAUGGAGAAAGCACAACGCUAAUUGGUGGAGAUCCAUUAAGACAUGAUAGUAGAUCAGCGAUGUUUACUAACGAAUAAGAGCUGCUUGAAAUCAAGUAUUUACUGACUCAACAUGUUGGAUUGAUUUUCAACACCAAUGUCAUGAGAAUCGCUCUAAACAUGCAAGAAGAAAAAAUAGCUAGCAUAAUUGCUGCUUACUAUUAUGUUAAAAUUGAUGAAGAGAUGAUCCUAAGAGCUGUUAAAACUGCAUAGAUUGAUUAUCUAUACUCUGUAUUUGCUUAUAACAAGAACUACUAAGAAUUGCAAAAAAUGCCUUAGUACAAUAAUAACGGCUUCGAAAAGCAAAGUCAAUCAGAUGAUUCACAAUUAAAAUACAAGGUUUUUACACUUGACUACGUCUUCAAGAAACUAAUUGAUUAUGGAGAAGACCAGGCUGAAGCUCGUGUAAGACAAGUUGCAAACUGGAAGCUCAAGACUUCAGAAAGCAUGCUGAGAUCCUUGCUUAAAAACGGAAUGGACCGAGUAGCAACUGAGGUUGCUUUCUACUAUCUUGAUAAUGCAGAUGAAAAUUUACUGAUCUUUUGCCUUCAUAACUUUAAUGAAAUCUUUUUGAAUUUGGGUAAGCCAUUGAUCGUUAAAAAUAUAAUGGCAAUCUUCGAGAAUGGUUCCAAGUCUGAGUUGAUUUUGAAUGUACUGUUGUAUGCAGAUUUCAGCAGAUGGAAGUAAAAGAAUCUUAGAGGGCUACUUGACAUGAUCAAGGAGAUUAUUGAUUCAGGUCACGAGCAAAAUAGAAUUUUACUCUGUUACAAUCCCAUCAUGGCUAUUUGUCUAGCCUCUGAGUUCGUAAAAAAAAUUGCUUAGUAUCAAAACAUCUUCAGACAUGAAUGCAAGGUAGUAUUGUCUAGAUUGAUGACACUUGGUGAUAAGAUCGUGGAUAACUUUGAUGAUGAUAAGAUUGAAAAGGUCUUCUUGGAUGUUGACUUUAAGGAUAGGACCAUCUUAAAGAUUGUUACAGUUAAUGAUUUCUAGCCUAUAUUCUCAAGUUAUAAAGUCAAUGUGCUUCUUCAAGAAAUAUGGGAGGGUAAAAACUCUUAUGAAUGCGAUGGUCAAAUCACUGACUUCAGCAUGAUCAACUAUCUUGCUACUCAAAAGGUAUAAAAGAUCCCAGGAGUGAGAUUUGGCUUAAAGCAGCUAUUUUGGUAAAAUUUCAAUGCAAACGUUGAUGAUCAGAAGUAUUGGUAUCAAUACAAGUUCAGACAUUACUCUAUCUCCUAUAUCUAUAUCAAAGAUUUUUCGUCAGCAACUGGAAUGGUCAUUCUGUUCUAGUAUAUCAACUUCCAAUAUCUAAAGCUUUUCAACAGACUUGAUCUUGAGGGAUUCACUGAGUUAGGUCAAACUGCUCUACUUGAGUCUAAGAUCAUAGAAUAUAAUAGCGUUAAUUAUCUUGGUACCCUUUUUAGUGCUACUUUAGUUUUCCAUUUAAUGACAAAAGUGAUUUUCAACUUAUGUGUCGACAUCAAGAUGCCAAUUGAUAAGUGGUCUAUAAUUGAUUUUCUGUGCUCAAUAUUCAACAUUAUUUGCUUCAAUGUGAUUGGUAGUGUCACUCCUGCACAAAUUAUUAAUUAGAAAGAAAAGGAAUAGCUAGAUUACUAUGUUAUCGCUGUGGUCAUAGUAAGUUGGUGUCGAUUCUUUGGAUAUUUCUUGAUGAUCAGAGCCAUUUCAAAACUUAUAAUGACGCUGGUGAGAAUGCUUUUCGACACUAUCUCUUUCAUCUUCAUAGUCUGUUGCUACUUAUUGAUUGCAGCAACCAUAUUUACGAUGUUGUUUUAAGACCCAAUUAAUGAAAAAUACGGUUCUCUAUCUCUUUCAUACAGAACUUUAUUUGAUGCUUUCAUUGGUGCCUACGUUUACACUGAAAAACCAAAUUUCCUGGCUAGCAACUCAAUUCUUACAAUGGUUCAUGUAUUCAUCUCAAAUAUUUUCCUGCUCAACUAUCUAGUCGCUAUUCUCUCAACAGUUUAUGAAAUCAUGGAGGAUGAAGGAGAGUUUUCAUUCAAAUCUAAUAAGUAUCAAUUUAUUGAAAAAUAUUCCAUUGCUAUGCUAGACCCGAAUGGAUAUUCAGAGCUUAUAAUUCAUCCACCUCCCUUAAAUGUGUUUACUAUUUUCAUUCUACCUUGCAUCAUAAAAAAGUCUCUUAUGUUAAAAGCCUCUGACGUGUUCAGUAAGUUUAUAUUCUGGGCUGAAAACUUCCUAUAUCUAAUAGCAUUUAUUUCAUACGAAAUAGUAUUGUAUCCUGUAAUUUAUGGAAAAAUGUUUGUGAAGUUGUUUAGACUGUCAAAUUUUAAGACAUUUAUACCGAAUUUCUUCUGUUGGCUGUUCUUUGGAUUCUUAGCUAUGCUUGUAUACACAGCUGUAGACACUUUCUACUUUAUCAAGAUUCUCUGUGAUUAUCAAGAUGAGGAAGAUUAGUUUAGAGAGAAAGAGGAGGAAGACUUUAAGCAAGACAAAAUCGUCAUCUACAAUGAGGUAAUUGAUGUAAUGAGAUCAAUUAUGCACAUUUUUAAGAAGAAAAAGGAAGAGGCUAAAAAGAAGAAGUUACUGCUUAAUAACUAAGUAAGUAACACUAUCAAAGCUCUUCUUGAAGAAGAUGAUAGUAACGAGAGCUUCAUUCUAGACAAGGCUUUGAUCAUUGAAGCUUGGAAGAAAUACAGACCUAGCAGCAAAGAAAACUCACCUAAAGAUGGACAAUAAUAACCUCCUAGAAAGAAGGAUAUUCAAGAGAUAUACGGAGAAGUGUUCCUGUAGAAAUUGCUAGCUGGUAUCAAGCAAAAGAAGUACAGAGGCAAGAACGAUAAAGUUACUGAUGAGGAUAAGUUAAAGCAGCAUUUGACAAAUUUACUCAUUGGUGCUAAGAAAGGCCAAAACUAUGAAGAUGAUGAAGAUCAGGAUAUUCAAAUCCCAGAGGCUGAACUUAGACUGAUUGAAGAUUUCUUGGAUAAGUUCAUAUUCAUUAGCGAUGCAAGUACUUCUAAGGAUCUUAUUGAUCUCAACCUGGCUCUGAAAGCUUUGCCAUCCAAGAUUGAAGAGUCUAACAUCUAUCGUAUCGACUUGAUUAACUUCAACUUGAUCCAGAAAUCACUUAUUGCUUUCCAGAACGAUGAUCAAGAUGAGCUCUUCAACUACUAUGAUAAUAGACAGAAAUCAAGACUUAGAAAAAUAACAAAGAAAGCAUAGGAAAACGAAACCUAAGCCACAGACCUUAGAACUCUUGCUGGUGAUGCUUCAAAUUCACUUCAAAGACUUCUUAAAAUUCUUGGAACUGCUGAGUUGUCUGACCUAGCAGCUGAAAAACUAAAAGGUGCACGACCAAUUUAAUAAUCUACUCAGCAAAACUCUGAAAGCAACUUUAUGAAGGUUGUACCUAUUGAUGCUUUGGCCAAGAAGAAGCAAUGA